GCUGGCCCAGUCUCAGCCCAUUAUCACCUGACUGAACUGGCGCCCUACACGGCUGAUCACCUCACUGGACUGACAGUACACUUCAUUAGGGUUUGCUCGCGGCACAAAAAGCCCUGAUCACGGUUUACACAAGAGCAUUCAACCGUUCCUUCUUCGAACGUUGUGUUUCGGUCGAUCUCUGAGUUCAAGUGUUGCUCGCUGUGUUGGGAAAGUGUAUCAGAUUUACCCUUUGGGCAGGAUUGGAAACCAAUGUGAUUAUCAAUCAUGAGGCUCUAUGAUGGUUUCACAGAAAUAUUGAAGAUUCAAAAGUUCAGGAGGCUAGUGUCCUAUACUGGAUUUUAUUGCUUCACUGCUGUCAUAGCCUAUGCCUAUACCAACAAUACAACUAGAGCUGGUUACUCAAGAGCUGACCAAUUCUAUGCGUCCUUCCCAUCUGGAACCGAGCUGUUGACCGACACCACUAAGUUAUAUAAAACUGCACUUGGCAAUUGCUUUGAAGUGGAAGAAUGGGGUCCAAUUGAGUACUGCAUCAUGGCUAAACACUUUGAGCGCCAAGGAAAAACACCAUAUGCUUAUCAUGCGCAAUACAUGGCUCACCUUCUCUCUCUUGGACAACUUGAUGGAAGUGGCUAGCCAAAGAGUACAAAUUCCCACCACAUGGAUGAGUUUAAAACCUCUUACUAAUAUCAACAUGAAACAAUACUCAUGAAAUGUCUGAAGGUAUUUGGUGAUAAUCGACAGAAUGAAAAGUUUAGUGAUGCCAGUGCUCUCUAUGACAUGUGAAAUAUAAAACUGCUUCUAAAUUUUGUUAUCUCAUUGUACCACUAAGUUUCAGAUAUUCUACAUUAGGAAAAGGGGUUCUCAAUAAAAGAGAGUGAAAAAAUGGUAAGAGUUUCAUUCUCAGAUUUAUAGGCCA